GCGAAACCCAGACCCAGCGCUGGAAGGCUGCGCAAACAGCACCUUAUGCUGCGCGAUGGACGAGCCCAUCUUCUUCACGGUGAUUUCAAGCGAGGACCCAGACAGCCCGCUGCAUUUCCAGCUGAGUGCGACAGAUGACCCGCUGAAAGUGGGCCGAAACAAGAAAUGUGGCAUAGUUGUGAACCAACCAGGGGUGUCCUGGGUUCACCUGGAGAUUAAGUUUGCGCUUCGACCUCGGAGUCUGAGCCGCUCUCUUCCAAGAUGUGGCCAUGGGCAAAAGCCCGUACCCCCAGUGAGACAUCCCAAUCCCCACUAAAAUAGGUUCUAAAAUGUGUGGCGCACUAUUGGUUUGACCCACAGCCAUGUGUUCCUUUUGUCCAAUUCAAAUCGCCAGGCCGUCUGGCCUCUGCGUGCGGGAUCUCUCCUCCAAUGGCGUGGGCUUGCGGGAGCUGGGGACUGGCGUUCGCAAGGUCGAGAAAGAGGUCGACACCUCGCUUCCCUCUGGGGCCUCACUGGUGCUGCCACUUCGCGUGCGCCCAGCGCCUGGCCAGUCGGAGGAGUCCCUUCAGACCCGCCUGACGUUCUGCAUCGACGGGGAUGAAUCGCCCUCCAGCGAGCUGACAGAGUCCGAGGAGGCGCCCAAAGCGGAGCCCGAGGAGCAGAAAGGCAAGAGGAAGAAGACUGAAGGGAAGGGGAAGGAGAAGGAGAAAAAAAGGAAAGUCAAGCACGACUUCACAGCGGGGCAGUUUGUCCGCGUCGUUGGCUUGAAAGCCAAGGGCGAGUUGAACGGCAAGAUUGGCUUGCUAGUGGAAUGGGACGAGGCGAAAGGCUACUGGAAGGUCCGUAUGGAGGACGGCUCCGGCAAAGCCUUUCGGCCUGCCAACCUGGAGCCACACGCUGUGAAGAACAGCCAGCAGCCUCCUGGCGCGCCGCCGGAGACUGGCACCAGCACCGUGCCGCCGCCGCCCCCUGACGAGCCAGCGCCAAAGCGCCGGGGCCAGGAGCCGCCUGGACCGCCCGGGCCGCCCGGGCCGCCUGGGCCGCCUGGCCCGCCUGGGCCGCGGGCGUCCACGCCGCCUGGGCCGCCGGGGCCGCCAGCGUCAGGGCUGCCCAAUGGAGCAGCCAAGGAGCUUCCUUUGCCGCCGCCACCCAUGCAGGCACCGCAGCCUGUGAUGCUGCCGAUGCCAACCAUGCCUAUGCCAAUGCCAACCAUGAUGCCUUUGUCCCCGCUGGGCUUGCCGCUCAUGCCGCCCUUGCUUGGUGGAAUGGGUCUGCCGCUCCCACGGCCGCGGUGACUGCCUGAAAAUUUCGAUCGGGC